CUUCUCCCAACAAAAACAUUUCUCUUUUUCUGUCUCUUUUCAUUUCUAUUUUCUCUCUCGCGUUUUCUCGCUCUCGACAGGAAAAUAAUAAUAAAAAAAAAAACAAGAAGGCCUCUUCCUUCUUGUCUGUAUCGGAUCGAGUUUCCCAGUCUCCCAACCACCACCAAACCGAGAAAAAGGAAAAAAAAGUUGCCAAUUUUGGCCCUGAACUCGAAGAGGUUUUUAUUUCGAAGCCAAGAGGGAAUUUUGCUAUAAUCUCUGUCGAUUGCGUUUCGCGGGAGUGGAAUUAGGAGUUUCUUUUUUGGUGGUAAUCUUAAUCUUAAUGUGGAUUUGAUUAUCGCUCAAUCCAGGUUUUCUUCUUUGAUCUAUCCUUUUCUUUGACCUAUUUGAUUCGUCGCAAACCCUAGUCUUGGUUAGGUUAGUUUUGAGGGAUUUAAAACUUCAAAAAAAAAAAAUAAAAAAGUGAGAUUAGGAAAUUUAAUUGAUUCUUUUUUGUGUAUACGGAGAUUAGAUUACGGCCGUUUUGGUUUUUCGUUCUAUCCUUUCUGGGAUUGUAGUUGAUGUUUAGGUAUCUUAGUACAAGGAAAACUCUGUGAAAUUUUUGGUGCGUUGUUUUAGUUUGCCAUCAAAAUCGAGGGUUUUGUCUUGUUAGAUUAGAUCCUCCUCAAAAAUUUCCCUUUUUCUUAUGCCCUUUUUUUAAUUUUUUUUCUUUUUAGUUCUUGUUUAUCUCCUAACCCUCCAAAAGAACCAAAAAAAGAAAAAAAGGAAAAAAAUUAGGAAGAAGAGAAAUUUUUGGGGUUUGCAUAUAAAAAAGAUCUUUAGGGGUUCUGGUUAAAAUUAUUACAUAUAUUGAGGAUAGAAAGAUUGGAGAAUUUGUUGUAUAUAGAACAAUGGCGUUGAAUUUUUCCCAUCGGCCGAUCUUUCCUGCUCAUUUGACUGAAGAUAAUCUGGUUUCUCCUAUGAGGAUUGCAAAUGGGUACCUUGUUGAAGGUAUUCCAGAGAAGAAUGGAGAUGGGUUUUCGAAAUCAUGGCAUUUGAACUGUGAGGUGGAAGAUUGCUUUGAUUAUGGAAGGGAUAGGAGUGGUGAACGAUGUGGUUCUCAGGAGUCUGUUUCUAAUGACAUUCUUGAUCUUUUGCCAUCGGAUCCUUUUGGAAUGGAUAUCACCACUACUUUCACUGCGAUUACUGGUUGGCUGGAGGAUUUGGAAGUUGAUUAUGGCCGUUAUGUGAGAGAUGAGGUGGGGACUGGUGAUGGGAGUUAUCAGUUGUUUGCAGGGUUGAAUUUUAUUUGGAACAACGCCAUGAGGUUCCAAACAUUCCCUGGAAGCAUGGGGUUUGAAUGUAAAGGUAGUGUUUCUGGUGGAUUUGGUGGGUGUUCUCAGGUGAAGGAAGGAGAGCAUGUGCCUGGUUGUGCUGGUCUUGGAUCAGCUUGUAAUGUAGAGGACAUUUUUGCUUUUGGGAAUGAAGAUUUGGUUUCUGUUGAUCAGGAAAAUGAAGAGUUUCAAGAUUGCGAGGUUUGUUCUGAUGGAGAUGAAGGAGCUCCUCAUGAAGCUUUGAUUUUGGCCCUUGGUUAUCUGGGUGUACGGGAUCUUUUUGCUGUUGAAAAGGUCUGCACAUCUCUCCGAUAUACAGUUCAGAAUGAUCCCCUUUUAUGGAGGAGUAUUCACAUAGAUCAGCCACUGAAUGAGAAGAUUACCGAUGAUGUUCUUUUGCAAAUAACUAGUAGGGCUCAAGGUAGCUUGCAAUGCUUGAGCCUGGUAGAUUGCCAAAGGAUUACUGAUGAGGGCCUAAAGCUUGUGGUUGAAAAUAAUCCAAAACUAAUAAAGCUGAGUGUACCUGGAUGUACAAGACUAAGUAUUGAAGGUAUUUUGAAUACCCUGAAGGCUUUGAAGUCUAUGGGCACACAAGGGGUGAAGCAUUUGAGGAUUGCUGGGCUCUAUGGGGUGACACCGAAGCAUUUUGAGGAGCUGAAGUUCCUGUUGGGCAUGGACAGCCAGAUUCAGCAGAUUGUGCACAAGCCGCAUCAUUAUAACAGAGGAAAUUUCUAUCUCUCUUGUGAUGAUGAUCGUGCCAUUGAUAUUGAAAUGUGCCCAAGAUGCCAUAACAUGAGGCUUGUUUAUGAUUGUCCUGCGGAGGGUUGUCAGCAGAAAGAGCAUGCUGCUCAGUUAUGCAGGGCAUGCACUCUUUGCAUAGCACGGUGUGUUCAGUGUGGUCGGUGCAUUAAUGACAGUGAGUAUGAGGAAACCUUUUGUCUGGAGUUGCUUUGUUCGGAUUGUUGGAAGCUACAACUGGUGAAGUGCCAGGAGAAGCAGAAUGGGAUGAUUGGCCCAUCAAACUUACCUGCUCUCCAACAGACUGGCAACCUUAAUCUCCAUGGCUAGACUGAAUUGUUUACACAUUUUCUGGUUUCUAAUCGUGGUUAAGAUGUUGCGUUUGUGAUAAUUCAAGGCAGCCAGGCAGCAAUGCAAAGAUUAUGGUACUGUUUUAUCUUUGUUAUUGCCUUUUUAAUCUGCUAGCAGUUUAAAUUUGGGUGAGCCAUAUGGUCCUCUUGAGCCAAGGUUUGGUGAUUUUUGGAGAAAAGGGGGAAAAGAAGAUAAAAAUCUUGUGCUGCAUGUGUUGUCCAAGACGAAUAAUCUUUUUUGGUGGUUUCUAUAGUUGGGCAUUGUCACUUGGUUGACAUAUUUGUGUUCGCUUGUGGAUGGUCAAUGCUGAAGUUGGGCGUGACAUGACCUUGUGUAAUUAUGCGCUGUCAAGAGUAGGGUGGAAAGUGUGAGUCGUUAACUUGAACAGGCUUCCCAAGCAAACAGUAAUCUUUUUGUUUUGUAGAUUGAGAAAUUCUUUUGGCCUUUCUGUUGCCGGAGGAAUUUGCUUUGAUCAAGCAUGUUGCAAGGCAGGCCAUGCUUCAAGGAUUAUCUCACGUGGUUCUCAGUGGAGUCUGUUUGCAGCACUUUCCGCUCUGAGUUGGGAAGCUGUGUGCGAUAUUUGUUCCCUGGAUUCUGGCUUGUUUCCAUAAUAAUUGGAAUUUAUCUUUAUAUUCCACCAUGUGAUUGGAAUUAAGAACAAUACAAUGGUACUUAUUUCGUCCUUGGUUAUGAGGAAGACAUAUUCUAUUGUUUGAUGUAAAAUUUAGACGUUUGCUUCCCCUAAACAUGUCGGAGUGUAUUGGGCAUCACAGGAUAGUGUGCUGCCCAAAAUGUAAGAUGUGAAGUGGAAUGGUGUAAAAUAAAGUUUUACUUAAGCAUCUAUUGGGUUUUCUACAA